AUGUUAGUCUGUCCCAGUAAUGAUUUACUAUUACAAAAUGAUGGUCGAAAUGCUCGAAGUUCCAGUAAUGAUUUACUAUUACAAAAUAAUGAUCAGAUUCUAGCUAUAAACAAUCCUUUACAUAAUUUUUAUCAAAGUUCAUCUGAGUUUAAUCUAAAUUUGGAAGAACCUAUGAGUACUUACCAAGAAUGUGAGAACAAUUCAGAAAAUUGUAAUGACUUUGAUGAUAAUUUAGAAGUUGAUAAAUUUGGAAAUAGGUUAGAAUAUGAGAAUGAAUUGGUGGAUAGCUUAGAGUAUGAAGACAAAUUGGUGAAUAGCUUGGAAAGUGGUAAUGAAUUUGAGGGUGGUUUAAGUGAAGAUGAGUUUAUGACUAGGUUGGAGUAUGAUGAUAAAAAUAUAUUAGAAAUUUAUGAUAAUUAUGAUAAUGGAUCAGAGAGUGAUAGUUAUAUUUCAACAACAUAUACAAGUUCCAUGGAUAAUGAAG